AUGGUUAAGUCACUUCCUUUUGGUGAUAUCCAGGUCCCUUCGCCAGGUUUCGGCGCAAUGGGUUUGAGCUUUGGUUUGGGUACCAACUUGACUCUUGAGCAAGCUGAACCUGUGCUCUUGAAAGCGAUCGAACUUGGGUGCACAUUCUGGGAUACCGCAGUCGUCUAUCAAGCUGGUGUCAAUGAGAAGCUUUUGGGCGAUUUCAUCAGAAAACACAAUGUUCGCGAUAAGGUCUUCCUUGCUUCUAAAUGUGGCUUCGAUGUUUUUGGAAACGGGGCUGUGACCAACUCGGCAUCCCACAUCAAGGAGUACAUUGAAGGAUCAAUUGAGAGGCUUGGCUUUACCCCGGACCUCUACUACCUCCACCGCAUCGAUCCUAAUACGCCGUUGGAGGAAUCCAUUCCAGCUCUCGAUGAGAUUCGUAAGGCGGGAAAGACCAAGUACAUCGGUCUUUCUGAGUGCUCAGCCGCGACGCUUCGCAAGGCCAAUUCUAUUGCCAAGAUUGACGCCGUACAAGCAGAGUACUCUGCUUUUGAGACACUGCACGAGACAGAUGGACUCAUCGAUACCGCCAAGGAACUGGGCGUAGCCUACGUCGCUUACAGUCCCCUUGGCCACGGGUUUCUCGUUGAUGACUUUCAGUACAAAUCCCCCGACGACUUUGCACCGGAUGAUUUCCGUCGGAAAAUUCCCAAGUUCCAAGGGGAGAACUUCUAUAAAAACAAAGCUAUUGUCGAUGAGCUCAGGAAGCUUGCGGUGAAGAAGGGCUGCAGCCUGCCCCAAAUCGCACUUGCAUGGGUCGCUGCACAGGGCAUGAUUGCCAUUCCAGGCACAACCAAGGCCAAACGAUUGGAGGAGAACUGGGCUUCUAGAGACAUUGAACUGACAGAGGAAGAAAAGAAGGAAAUGAGGAGGGUUAUUGACGCUGCCAAACCGCACGGAAAUAGAUAUGAGCCUGCGCAGCAAGCCGCGGUGGGGCAUUAG